UCCAGAGAGCACCGAGUCCGAGAGGGAAACGAGUCAUGGAUCCCCAAAACCCCAGUUACCCCCACAUUCGUCUUCUCUCAACAAUUUUCAUGGAACUUUCCCGACCCGUCAACUCAGCUCGGACGAUUCCACUUCCUACGCUCGUUGAACUCGCCGAUGAUGCUCAAAGCCAAGCUCAGGCUCCCCGAGAAAGCUCGGCGAGCAUUUCCUGACCGGCUCGGAAGCCUAGUCGCCGGCUUCGAAGACAAGGACGAAGAGAAUGUAAGCUCCGAUCCGAUGUUCGAGUCCGGCGAAGAACUUGAGACGUUUCAGCCAAAUGGGUUUGGGUCGGAUCGAGAAAUCGGCGACUAUGACGACGAGGAUGAGAAGUCCGACGAUGAGUUGGACCUCCGGGUCCGGCAAAAGCCAGAUAAAGAAGUGGCAGCUUCGGUUUCUCCGUCGAAAAUUAUCGCCGUGGAUGAGAAAAGAUCGGACCUAGAGUAUGAGUUAACACAAAAGGAGAUAAAUUUGGAAAAGUUGCAAAGAAUCGCUGGUUCGGGGCUUCCUGAUGGAGGAGGUUUACGGGCAACAGCUUGGAAGCUGCUUUUGGGUUAUUUACCUGCUUCUCGUGACUUGUGGGAAAAAGAGUUGAUUGAGAAUCGGUUAAAGUACGCUAAGCUAAAGGAGGAGCUUCUCUUGAGUCCUUCCGAAUUCUCAAGGAGAAAAGGUGAAGCAUUGAGUUCUAACGAGCAGUGUGCUGACAGUGAUAUUGAUGGACCACUUGAGCGACAAGACAUUUCUCAUGAAGAUCACCCUCUGAACCUUGGUAAGGCAAGCGUCUGGCAUCAGUACUUCGAGUUUACUGAGAUUGCAGAGCAGAUUGACCGCGAUUUGCAACGCACACACCCAGAUAUGAAAUUUUUUUCAGGGGACUCAUCACUGAGUAGGAGAAACAAAGAAGCAAUGAGAAACAUUCUUCUCUUAUUCGCAAAACUUAAUCCUGCAAUCCGUUAUGUGCAAGGCAUGAAUGAGGUCCUGGCACCAAUAUACUAUGUAUUUAGUACUGACACUGACGAACAAAAUGCUGCAAAUGCAGAAGCAGAUAGUUUUUCUUGUUUUGUUCGGCUCCUGAGCGACUCAGUGGAUCACUUUUGUCAACAAUUAGAUAAUUCUGCAGUGGGUAUCCAUUCUACUCUUUCCCGCUUAUCGGAGUUAUUAAAAACCAAUGAUGAGGAAUUGUGGAGGCAUCUUGAAUUCACAACCAAGGUUAACCCGCAAUUCUAUGCAUUCAGGUGGAUCACUUUGCUACUUACUCAAGAGUUCAGUUUUAGUUCCAUCUUGAGGAUUUGGGAUUCUCUUUUAAGCAACCCUUUUGGUGUUCAGGACAUGCUUUUGCGGGUGUGUUGUGCAAUGCUGGUGUGCGUGAAGAGCAGGCUAUUGAGUGGCGACUUUAUAGCCAACUUAAAACUUUUACAGCAUUACCCUGAAAUCAACCUUGAUCACCUUCUCCGGGUAGCCCGGGAUAUCACUCCGGACACGUCUUCCUUUCAUUUGCCUCUGUAAAUCCAUCACAUUAUAUUUACCGAUGUACCCAAGAAAAUCCUGAAAAAGAAGAUUACUGGUUUUCUAUUCAAAUUCAUAUCUUGUUUGAAA